AGAAACUACCGAGAGCGUGAACAGCUAGACAAGCGAGUACUCAUAAUCAUGGGUACUUUUUACAUAUUUGUAAUUGUUUUAAUUUUAAAUAGUGAUACGGCUUUCGGCGGAUAUUGUCCUUCAGUCCGAACAGAAUAUGCAAAGACAUAUAGGCAUUGUGGCACUUGGGGUUGGGGUAGGUGUACAACGUAUAGACCAUAUACUGUGCCAACUCAAGUAUGCUGCCCUGGGUGGAAGGGUCCUAGUUGUUCAAUAGCAAUAUGCAAUAAUCCGUGUGAAAAUGGUGGAAGAUGUACUAAACCCAACAUUUGUGAAUGUCCAUUAGGAUUUGAUGAGCAUACGCAGUGUACAACAAAGAUAUGCUCUUACAAACUCCCCUGUUACCCCGGAACAUGCAGUUUACCAAAUACUUGCAAAUGCUUUAACGGUUUUACCGAUUCUUUUAAAGGAUGCCUUACUUUUUCAAGAGAAAACAACCCACCUGUCAUAAGAGAAUGCGAAAUUACAUUAGCAAAGAUUCGAAGAACUAAUCAGAAACAGCAAUUUUACUUCAGCAUACCUUGCUCCGACGGAUCUAAAAAGGACAUAAUAUGGUGCAAUCAGGAAUUGUUCAAUUAUGCUAAGUUUACAAUGAAGUCCAUAUACCCUAAACUCCCAAGUUUGCCGCCUCCGCCGGAUUAUGUUCACAGACAUGGCUUUGGAAUUGUUUUCAGCGGAAUAAAUGUCAAACACACAAAAUAUCCAAGGACUGGUGACACCAAUAAAAGGUUUGUUGCUAAGGACACGGACUAUAACUGCAAUGUCUCAUCAGAUAUGUCGCCACAAGAGGAUAUUUCAUCCUGUCAACAGAUAGAAGAAAAUUAUGAAAUCAAUAUAGAACACGACGACUACUUAACCGUGACCUACACUACAAAAAGUGGCGGAUUUCGGACGCUUUUUAACAAAGAUACAAAGACAAAUGUCCAAACAGAAAUCUAUAAAGGUCAAAUGGCUACCAAAGUAAUAGAAUUUAAGUUUGAUUUCAUUGCACCUGAACACUGUUCUUCAAUCGGAUCCAAAAACAAAUGUAGCAACGGAGAAAAACCAAUCAAUGUUGGAAAUGAUAUAACGGAGAAACCUAUUAACAUCAGUUGGGAUGGAUGGUCGGACUCUUUAUCUGGAAUUGCUUACUACUACCUUGAGGUCUUCAAGUUGGAACCAAAUAUACACAAUGACCUUACAGAAAUAGAGCCAUUGAAGCCAAUUUAUCAAUUCAAGACAAACGAAACGUCUUCUAUAGACUUUCCAACCUAUCUCCCUCCGAAAACAGGAAUGUAUUCAAUACUUUUACAAGUAUCAGACAAGGCUAAUAACUCUAAAAUUGCAAGGAGAUUGGUUCUUUAUGACAACGACUCUUCUAUAACCUUAACUAAACCUGCCUUUAAUCCUAAUAUGCCGAUAAACGUUUCAGACGUGAAAAUUGGAGAUGGUGGUAUGCAUGUAAUAACUGCUAUACCAGAAACAGGUUACAUGUGGCAGACUUCAAAUAAUAAGACUAAAACGCGGAUUGUUUUGGACUAUAAAAACCACUUUGUUAACAAAAUUUAUGACCAAGGGAAACUACUAAACCCAGUUUUGAAGUACCCUACACAAUUUGCUGAACUGCAAGAUGACGGUGUCCUGCGAAGCAAAAAAUAUGUGAAUCUAACAGAUAACGAAGGAGCAAGGACACGCAGCGCUAUUCCGAAUAUACAUGGUAUUGUUAAAUUUGAAAUCAACCGUGUAUACACUGAUAAUAGACAGGAGCCAACAUCAGGCUGGAUAAAGCACGAUUUAUCUGAAAAAUACGAAAUCAAUGAACAACUUGAUGAUGGGAGUCAUGUUAGGUUAUGGGUUCGAGCAACGGAUAUAAUGAACCACACCCGUGCCGAUUACACAGAAGUGCAUGUAGAUAACACACCUCCGAGAGUUGCUAAUGACCAUUUUCAAGAAAAUAUCGUUAAUGGAACAUAUACACACACAUCAAGAAUAACAUUUGAUGCAUCAGAUGGUGACAGUGGUGUGCAUCAGAUAAAAUAUAAACUGUAUGUGGAAAAUAACACAAGUGAACAGGGCAGCGGAUCAAUUCCAGCCAACAGAAAUAAUGCAUCUGACGCUUGUGGAAGGAUUCCAUUUUGUAAUUGCGUGCUACAGACAUGCUUCCUUGUUCCUCAGAAGUUAGAUAUUGAUAACUGCUGGUUCCUUGUACCGAAAGAAGAUUUAAAUAAAUCUGCAAGGAUAGAAGUCGAAGUUUACAAUCAAGCGCUUCUUUUCAAGACAUUUACAAAACAGAUCAAACAACUGACAGAUCUAAAUGGACUAGAAGAAUACUCCGGCCCAACUAAUAUUCGAGUACAGAAGAACUUUGCUGGAGGAGUAAGGCUUGUGUGGGAUUUGCCUAAAACUGCUUCAUGCUAUGGAAGAGCGGAUAUCGAUGUCAUCAUAUAUAACUCAGAUGGAACAUUAAGAGUGGUGAAAGUUUACAAUGAAGGGACGUCUGUCGACCUAGUUGGACUUCAACCUGACUCAGACUACAGUAUAUCAUUAAAACUUGGUUACAAAGGAACACAGUUGGCUGCACUUCCUUACACAUUUAAGACUGCUCCAAAGGAAAAUUACCUGUCUGGUGGGGCUAUUGCAGGCAUUCUUGUCAGCAUCUUGGCCAUACUAGGAAUUCUGAUUGCAAUAUUUGUGGUUCUUUUGAGAAGAGGCCACAUGAAACCUGUACGACGACGUCUUGAUGCAAUGUCGAUAAAAUAUAGGAAAACUGUCGCUGGAAACAGAUCAAGAGCUAAACAAAAUGAUUAUGUAUCUAGUAACGCUGAUUCGUUAUAUAUGUAUGGAGAGAUGGAUUUUAAGGACAUACAAAAUUGGCAGUUGGAUCGAGAUGAUGUGGUGUUAGAUUCCUUGCUGAAAUCAGGAAGCUUUGCUGACAUCUACUUGGCAAAACUAAGAUCAACGAACGAAACAGUGGUGGCCAAGACGCUGAAACAAAACUACUCCGAGCAUGAUGAGUUCCUGAUGAAGGCAAAGAUAAACUUUAACUCCGUUGUUGUUGGCAAGAACGAAAAUGUAUUGCAUUUCAUAGGGGCAGUUGUGUCCGAAACAAACAUUGGACCAUUUAUUAUCUACGAGUAUUGCUCGAAUGGACAGAUGCGAGACUAUUUGGAAACAAUGAAAUAUAAUAUUACUGUUGAAACUCUUGAACGCCAACUGAGAUUUGGACUUGGAGUCGUCCGUGGGAUGGAAUAUCUUGCACAAAGAAAGAUAGUUCAUCGCCGCUUAGCAGCUCGCAAUGUCCUCCUCGAUGCUGAACUUAACCCACAAAUAACAGGAUUCGGGCCGCAACCAGAAGAAAAGGACGAUGGAGAUAGCACUAAGAGGGAGAGAAUACCAUUGAAAUGGAUGGCCCCAGAAUGUCUAAAAUCAACGGUAGAUGCGACUGAAAAAAGUGAUGUUUGGUCAUUUGGAGUCGUUCUUUGGGAGAUAUUUACUUUUGGCGAGAGUCCAUACGGAAAUAUAAGAGGCCGUGAAUUGCCGGCUAAGCUGAAAGGUGGCUACCGUCUUCCAAAACCUGAACAGUGCGAUGACAAAUGGUAUGGUGUUAUGAAGCAAUCAUGGGAAGAAAACCCAAAGAAGCGACCAACGUUCAAGGAGAUACGAAAUACACUGGAUGAGUUAUUUGUCGCCGCACCCACCGACGAUUACUACUAUUAUAGAAAGUAAAGUGCAAGGACUGUUGUGAAAAAAACUUGAUUCAUCUUCCACUACUUCAAUAACUGUUUUAUUGACUUAUGAGUAUUGACAUAAUACUAGCUAUAUUUUCCUGUAAAUACGCCUUUAGUUUUUCAUCGUUAAUGUGAUGAUACAAGGAAGUUGGACAAGAAACGCAAUAUAAAUAUGAAAAGUAAAAUACAUGCAAUUAUCUUUUUAUUGUGUGUGUGUGUGUGUGUUUUAUAUAGACAUUUUACUUGUUAACAUUCAGAAAAGCAACAUAUUCAAAGGUAAAAAUGUACCACAUUUUUGUUGUAUGUUUGGUACACCAUAUGUAUCCAUAUGUAAAACAUAUUUGUUUCGUAUGUGUUGAAAAACAUGUGUUUAAGAACAUUUGUUUUUCAUAAUUAUGUAAGGUUAACAUAUGUUAAACAGGACCAUAUGAAAAACAUGACAACAAACAUAUGUUAUUUUUAUUACCUCCCUUUAUUUACAUGAAAUGUUAAAUUUUGUAAUAUCUUUAUAAAUUAUGCUUUUUGGAACUUACGAAAUUGAUAAAUCUUUAAUUUGAGCAUCAUAUUUAUGAUUAAACCCAUAAAAAAUUGUGUUACAAGAUCUUUAAAGAUUUAUCAAUUUUGUAAGUUCCAAAAGCAUUAUUUAUCAAAAAAAAUAUUACCAAAUUUUACAUUUCAUGUAAAUAAAGGGAGGUAUAAAAAGUUUAUUUUCUAUUAAGUCUAAGUCAAAUUUUUCAAUAAGAAAUGAAUGUAUAUAUUUCAAAGUUUACAUAUAAUAUGUACAAAUAUUUGCAGUGUAUAUUUUACAUAUUUUUUGAUGUUUGAAAAUUGUUUGGUGUGAUGUUGAACACUUAGCUAUACUUGUUAAAUUCUUAUGAAUUAUCAAGUUCAAACAAACCAAACUCUGGAACACAAUGAAAAACAUGAUUCAUUUGAAUACAUAUGUGAAAAGCAUAAGUUUAUACCAUAAAUGUAACAUACAGUGUCCUUUUCUUGGAGAAACACUGUUUCCUACGAUAUGAAAAAAUAUGUUAUUCAUGUGUUUCCAUAUGAAAACAUUAGAAAAAAAUGUGUCUUCACCAUAUGUUAAACAUAUGGGGUACUUUUUCUUGGAGACACCAUAUGUUUCUUCCACAUGUAAAACAUGUAUGUAACAUACGUUUAACAUGUGGUACAUUUUUACCUGUGUAUAAGAAUUGUAUUGUAAUGAUAAUAAACUAAUGUUGACAUCUGUUCAUAACCAAUCUAUGUUACUUAAUGUUGUUAAUUAUAUAUUGAAUGCGAAGUUUGUUCCAUAUGCUUGCACGUGUUGUUAUAAUAAUAAUGUCGCUUUAUUAAGCAUC